AUGAGCCCUGUGCUUCUCCUGCUCUUGGUGUCCACUAUCAACGUUGGUGCUGUGCUGGAAAAGGGUCUGCCGAGACGGGAACCGCGGCGCCUGUCAUGUGUGAGAUGCUGUGGGCCUUCAGAGCAGCCCAUCUCCAUCAUCUCCUCACGAUACACAAGGAUGAGCAGUGACCCUGCCUAUUCAGUACCCAAAGUCCAGCCCACUAUAGAUAUCACCAUCCUCAAAGGUGAGAAGGGAGAAAUGGGAGAAAAAGGGUACCCUGGAGCAGUUGGGAAGGAAGGAGAAAGAGGGCUACGUGGCUUUAAUGGAAGGAAGGGACAGAAAGGUCAGCCUGGCCCACAAGGGCAUUCCUGCAAGCAGCUCUAUGCUGCAUUCUCGGUGGGUCGGAGAAAACCCCUUCACAGCUCAGACUAUUUCCAGCACGUCAUUUUUGACACAGAGUUUGUGAACCUCUACAAGCACUUCAACAUGUUCUCGGGGAAGUUCUUCUGCUAUGUGGCAGGAAUCUACUACUUCAGCCUCAAUGUCCACACCUGGAACUUCAAGGAGACCUAUCUGCACUUGAUGAAGAAUGAGAAAGAGGUGGCCAUCCUCUAUGCCCAGCCCAGCGAUCGGAGCAUCAUGCAGAGCCAGAGCCUGAUGCUGGACCUGCAGGAAGGAGAUGAGGUCUGGGUGAGGAUGUUCAAGCGGGAGAGAGAAAAUGCCAUCUACAGUGAGGAGUCUGAUGUUUACAUCAUCUUCAAUGGCCAUUUAAUCAAGCCAGCUGUAGAGUAG